AUGCAAACUCCACUCAGAAAGGCCCUGUGUCCGUGUCUGUCCUCAUGUCUGUCCUCAUGUCUGUCCUCAUGUCUGUCCUCCUGUCUGUCCUCCUGUCUGUCCUCCUGUCUGUCCUCCUGUCUGUCCUCCUGUCUGUCCUCCUGUCUGUCCUCGUGUCUGUCCUCAUGUCUGUCCUCGUGUCUGUCCUCAUGUCUGUCCUCAUGUCUGUCCUCCUGUCUGUCCUCCUGUCUGUCCUCCUGUCUGUCCUCGUGUCUGUCCUCGUGUCUGUCCUCAUGUCUGUCCUCGUGUCUGUCCUCCUGUCUGUCCUCCUGUCUGUCCUCGUGUCUGUCCUCCUGUCUGUCCUCGUGUCUGUCCUCCUGUCUGUCCUCAUGUCUGUCCUCGUGUCUUUCCUCCUGUCUGUCCUCGUGUCUGUCCUCCUGUCUGUCCUCCUGUCUGUCCUCAUGUCUGUCCUCGUGUCUUUCCUCCUGUCUGUCCUCGUGUCUGUCCUCCUGUCUGUCCUCAUGUCUGUCCUCGUGUCUGUCCUCGUGUCUGUCCUCGUGUCUGUCCUCGUGUCUGUCCUCAUGUCUGUCCUCAUGUCUGUCCUCGUGUCUGUCCUCGUGUCUGUCCUCAUGUCUGUCCUCAUGUCUGUCCUCGUGUCUGUCCUCAUGUCUGUCCUCGUGUCUGUCCUCCUGUCUGUCCUCCUGUCUGUCCUCCUGUCUGUCCUCGUGUCUGUCCUCGUGUCUGUCCUCGUGUCUGUCCUCGUGUCUGUCCUCGUGUCUGUCCUCCUAUCUGUCCUCGUGUCUGUCCUCGUGUCUGUCCUUCGUGUCUGUCCUCCUGUCUGUCCUCAUGUCUGUCCUCGUGUCUUUCCUCCUGUCUGUCCUCGUGUCUGUCCUCCUGUCUGUCCUCCUGUCUGUCCUCAUGUCUGUCCUCGUGUCUUUCCUCCUGUCUGUCCUCGUGUCUGUCCUCCUGUCUGUCCUCAUGUCUGUCCUCGUGUCUGUCCUCAUGUCUGUCCUCGUGUCUGUCCUCGUGUCUGUCCUCCUGUCUGUCCUCGUGUCUGUCCUCGUGUCUGUCCUCAUGUCUGUCCUCGUGUCUGUCCUCGUGUCUGUCCUCAUGUCUGUCCUCAUGUCUGUCCUCGUGUCUGUCCUCAUGUCUGUCCUCGUGUCUGUCCUCAUGUCUGUCCUCCUGUCUGUCCUCGUGUCUGUCCUCGUGUCUGUCCUCAUGUCUGUCCUCAUGUCUGUCGUCAUGUCUGUCCUCCUGUCUGUCCUCAUGUCUGUCCUCCUGUCUGUCCUCCUGUCUGUCCUCGUGUCUGUCCUCAUGUCUGUCCUCGUGUCUGUCCUCGUGUCUGUCCUCGUGUCUGUCCUCAUGUCUGUCCUCAUGUCUGUUCUCGUGUCUGUGGGGACAGUUGUAACGAGGCACGGUUCACUGGACGCUCUCAAAGCCACAGUCGUCCUUUGUCCUUCGCUCUGA